GGGACGGUGAAGAUGAUCGGAUGAAUUGUUAUCGGAUGCCUUGUCGUAUGACACCAUGAUCGCAAUGUAGACGUGAUAGCCGUAACUUACCGAGGAAUGCGUCAUUUGUGUAACUUAUAUCAGAAAUAUCGUAUGGUACAAGAAGUCCGACAGCUGUAGUCACUAUGUUGAAGACAAUAUUCAAUGCCGCUAAAGAAACACUUGUUCACUUUCCAAAUAAUUCACAUGCUGAGCAAGAUCUUUUAUACUACAUGGCAAUAAUAAUGAUUCUCUGUGGAGCCAUGUCUGCAGUGGCAUUAAUAUUCAUCCCAAGUCCAUAUGGACGUUAUAGUAGCAGUGUAUGGGGUCCUGGUCUGAACCCAAAGAUGGCUUGGUUUAUACAAGAGUUACCAUGUUUGUUCACACCAGUUGUAAUGACUCUAUACGAUUCUGUAUCCAGUAAUGUUAACAAUAUGUUAUUAGGAUUAUUUAUUAUUCAUUAUUUUCACAGAACAUUAAUUUUUCCAUUCAUCAUGCGAGGUGGCAAACCCACACCAACUUUUCCAUUCCUACUGGCACUUUUUUUCUGUUCAUAUAAUGGUUUUAUGCAAAGUAGAACUUUGACACAAUAUGCUGUUUAUGGUAGGAAUUGGACAUCUAAUCCAGCUUUCAUUAUUGGUGGAAUGUUCCAGUUUGUUUCAGCUCCUAAUUUCUUUGGUGAGACAUUGGAAUGGUGUGGUUGGGCAUUGGCAUGCUGUACAUUGCAGGCAGUGGCUUUUGCAUUUUUCACAGCAUGCAAUGUUGGAUUGAGAGCAUGGCAGCACCACAGGUUUUAUAUUGAGAAGUUUGAUGAUUAUCCGAAGUCAAGAAAGGCUUUCAUCCCAUUUGUAUUUUAGUAAACAACUUUUUGUAUGCUUGUGAACAUGGCUUUAUACUGUUGAUUUAAUUUAAGAAAGAGUUGUCAUGACUAUGUGAAAAACAUUCAUUUUUGAUCCAUUGAUGAUAUACCAGUAUAAAUUCUAUCACAUACCUCGUUUUGCCUGGCCAACUAAUGUUAUGGGAAAUGUGCCUUUGCAUUAGGGCAAUAAUAUCCCAUAUCAUGCCUGGCACAUCCCAUUUGUUUUCCAUCAAAACAUAACCUGUCAUUCUAAAUUACGUCGCAUGUUUGAGGUCACACUGUGGUAAAAUUGUGAUUACACCAAUAAGGUAUAUGAUAAAACUUUAUGGACUGG